AUGAGCUCGAUCGGCAGUUGUCCCUUGCGUGACAAGACCGGUAGUGACGGCCGCUACUUGCGGAUGGAGCUGACCUGCAGGAGCUGCAAUGAAAACGGCUACGGUUCUGCCCCUUCCCGCGCGAUCACACUGCAGGUGCAGUCGUGUGUGGUGGCAUGCGCGGAAAUUGUGGAUGACAUGUGUGAGAAGGCCAAGUCUCAGAUUGCCAUCCGCUUCAAAGACAUGCGUGGUGUGGAGGUCUUUGACUUGACACUCAGGAGGCAGCUCCAGUGGCUGGGACCUGUCGAGUCUGAUGAGCUGGCCACGUUUCCAAAGGUCGGGGUGUUCGGCAUAGCGCUGAUCGGGGUGAUCUUCUGGAACAUCAAGAAGGUGUCUGGAGGGGGCGGCGGCGGUGGCGGUGGUGCCGACAACUUGCCUGCCGAUGACUUCGAUGAAGAGCUCUUCAAGGAGAAGCUGCGUGAGCGCCGAGCCAAGCCAGCCCACGUGUGUUCUUCGUUCUUUCUCGUUCCCGCCAUGUCCUGCAAGUGCUUCGCCGCCAUGGUGCCUUCGGGGCCCCUGGUGCCUCACACCAUCGAGCGUCGUGCAGUGGGGCCCAAUGAUGUGGCCAUUGACAUCAAGUACGCGGGCAUCUGCCACUCGGAUGUGCACCAGGCCCGCGAUGAGUGGGCUGCCGGCAUCUUCCCCAUGGUCCCUGGCCACGAGAUUGCGGGCCUCGUCACGGCCGUGGGCCCCAGCGUCACUAGCUUCAAGGUGGGUGACAAGGUCGGGGUGGGCUGCAUGGUGGACAGCUGCCGCGAGUGCCAGUCAUGCAAGGAAGGUGAUGAGAACUACUGCGAGUCCGGCGCUGUGAUGACCUACAACGGCAAGCACAAGUACAAGCACUGCAUGGAACACACCGAGGAUGGCGGCACUCCCACGUACGGGGGCUACUCCCAGAGCAUCGUGGUCGACAAGGGCUACGUGUGCCGCAUCCCCGACAACCUUGACCUGGCCGGUGCCGCGCCCCUCCUGUGCGCCGGGAUCACCGUGUUCUCCCCAAUGGCCCACAACGGCCUCAAGGCGGGUCAGAAGUUGGGCGUGGCUGGCCUGGGCGGCCUGGGCGCCAUGGCGGUGAUGAUCGGCAAGGCCUGGGGAUGUGAGGUCACGGUCAUCUCCCGCAGCGAGAACAAGCGCGCUGAGGCCAUGUCGGAGCUCAAGGCGGACAAGUUCGUGGUGAUGGCCAACGAUGAGGACGUGAAGGCCGCCGCGAACUCCCUCGACAUGAUCAUCGACACCAUCGCGGCCAAGCACGACAUCCCCACCUACCUCAACUUCCUGAAGAAGGAUGGCAAGUUCGUGAUGGUGGGAGUGCCGCCGGAGCCUGUGUCCUUCCAUGCCUUCAACAUCAUCCCCAAGCGCAAGACCAUCACCGGCUCCAUGAUUGGUGGCAUCCGUGAGACACAGGAGAUGCUGGACUUCUGCGGGAAGCACAACAUCAUAUGCCCCUACGAGCUCAUCAGCGGCGACAAGAUCACCGAGGCCUACGACCGCGUGGUGAAGUCCGAUGUGAAGUACCGCUUCGUCAUCGACACCGCGACUUUCUGA